CAUUGAUGGAAGUGUCACCAUGAGUGGUUCAUUGUUCCAGCAAACUGUGAAGACGCCGAAGCAGCUGUACAAGUUCCUUCUCCGUUCGUGUGAACAAUUACCAAAAGCUCCCAAGGCGUUCUAUAAACACUCAAUCAAGCAGAAUUCGCCUCCUAGAUCUACUUUUAAAGGGAUGAUCAUUUACGUUUCAGAGUUUUAAACAACAUGUUAAUGAACCAGAUCCUGAGAGAGUGAAGCAGAUAAUGGAAAAGUCGUUGAGUGAUGCUGAAUGGUUUUUCAAGAAGUACAAAAUCGACGUCGAUUCCUUGCUAUCGAAAACUCCCAAAUAACCUCUAAAAACAUGGAAUACCACGACUUAUCAAGUCAAGAGAUCAACGUUCCAUCUUCCCAGUUCUGGAAGACAAUUGAUUUAUGGGUUAACAAUCCGCAUUUUGUCAACCGUCGUGUCUUGUCGUCAGUUACACUCUCCAGAGUAGAAUUAAACCCUCAGGACGAUUUUCUGGCCCAAAUCCACAGUAUCCCCGUGGAAAAGCUAGCGCCUACGCCAGUUCCUUCAGAAAUUUUUCCCUCAGCCUCGCCCCCAGAGGAUAUCAACCCCUUUUACACUCAAGAGGGCAAUUACCUGCUCACAAGAAAAUUAUUCCCUCGAGAUGAGAAUAAUUUUUCUGAGACUGUUGAUUUUUUUAUUCUGGAAAAAUCCAAACCGUCUGUCACGUGGAUCUCAAAGAGUUUGAAUCCAGAAAAACGUUGUCUAGGAUUUGAGAUACCUUGCAGAAUAAUUCUACAGGAUAAAAACUUGAAAAUAUCCAUUGGAAAUAAGUUCAGAAUAUCAGCAGGCGAUGGAGCUGCCAAUUGGCUGAAGGACAAGUUCUUUCCCAGGCUAGUCAAGUGGAUGGAAACUGAUUCCCCAAAGAAUAAUUUCGUUGAAGGAUCUCUCAACCUCGUAUCACCAGAGAAAUACACCAAUUUGUACAACACUCUGAAGAAGAAAUAUGGACCUGAACUCGUGAAAAAAUGGCCAGAAUCAACAGAUCCAGCGAAAUUCGUCUACGAGGACAUCGCUAUCGCUUGUUAUUUAAUUUUACUCUGGGAAGAGGAAAGAAGAGACAUGAAAAUUGCUGAGAAACAGUCGUUUUUGGAUCUAGGAUGUGGAAAUGGAUUGUUGGUUUUUAUUCUGACGAGUGAGGGAUAUCCAGGAAGGGGAAUCGAUCUUAGGAGACGAAAAAUCUGGGAUUUAUUUAGUGAUAUACAACUAGAAGAGAAAACGAUAAUUCCAUCAUCAAAAUCGUUAUUUCCCACAACCGAUUGGUUAAUCGGUAAUCACUCAGACGAGCUGACCCCCUGGAUUCCAGUGAUAGCAGCUCGAAGCUCAUACACCUGCAGGUUUUUCUUACUUCCCUGUUGUGCCCACGAAUUCGAUGGUAGAAAAUUCCAGAGGGACUCAGCCUCCAGCAGUCAGUACUCCGAGUACCUGAAGUACAUAAAAAGUGUCUGUGAGACGUGUGGAUUCUCCACCAGGCUCGAUAAACUGCGAAUUCCCUCCACCAAGCGAAUUUGCCUGAUAGGUCAGGGCCGGGUUUACCCUGAGGCAGACUUGCAGGAUGAAAAAAUCGAGAAAAUGAUCAGUGGAAGAUCUCUCAGACCUCAAGACAGUGAAAAACCCUCGGACGAAUGGGCGAGGGACUUCAAACCUCGAGAGAUCGUGGAGAGGGUCAGGAAUUGCACGCAAGUCAACCGCAAUGUCAUCAAUGAAAUUGUUGACCUGGUGUCUACAGAGCUUCUUCGAAAGACUCGAAAAAUCAGUCUGAGUCACCUAGAGAAUUCUGAGAGACUCUGGAACGCUGGGGGACAAUUGGAACUUAAUGAAAUAGCGAGGCUAAUCCCUUCGGAGAGCCUCAAACAACUGAAGAACGAGUGUGGAGGGCUGCAGACUCUCAUAAAAAAUAAUAGUCAUAUUUUCCAAGUGACCAACGGGUCUGUUCAGUUCCGAAUUCCCGGCUGUCCUUCGAAUUCCAAAAGAAAAAAAUCUGGAAAAUCUAGAAUUGUGCUGAGAGUCAAGCCCUGUUGGUUCUUUGAGAAUCACCCUGAUGGCUGUCCCCUUCCCGAUGAAACCUGCAGUUUCAAACACUCCGAGGUUGUAGCUAAUUAGUAAUAAUAAUAAAUAACGUUGAUUGUUAACUAUUAACUCUCUCAAUUUAGAGUUGAAGCUUCUCUUAUUUAUUUAUACAAGACGAUAAGAAUUGUUACAAAAUAAUUGAAAAUAUAUGAAGCACUCAAGACAGUGAAAUGUCCUGGAAAUCCACGGAGUACACACGAGAAUUAAAUUCUUCCCGAUCAAGCCAAAUUUCAUUCCUUAAUCGU